CGAGCGCCGGACGCCUAAACUCGAUCACCACCACCAUGGACAAGAAACACGAGGAUGUUGGCGGUGUCGCGCAGAUUGACAAGACAUCUGUCUUCCAGGAAGCCCGAGUAUUCAGUGCAAGCCCAAUCUCGCCGCGGAAAUGCAGAGUGAUAUUGACCAAGUUGGCCCUACUACUCUUCACGGGGGAGAACUGGGGUAGACAGGAGGCCACCACCUUAUUUUUUGGCAUCUCGAAGCUUUUCCAGAACAAGGAUGCCUCGCUCCGCCAAAUGGUGUAUCUGGUCAUCAAGGAACUCGCUGGUUCCGCCGACGACGUGAUCAUGGUCACCGCCUCCAUCAUGAAGGACACCUCCGUAGGCAGCGAUGUCGUAUACCGGCCCAAUGCCAUCCGUGCUCUCUGCCGAGUCAUUGACGCUUCCACCGUGCAAGCUAUCGAACGUCUCGUCAAGACAUGUAUAGUCGACAAGAACCCCUCGGUUUCCUCCGCCGCUCUCGUCUCCUCAUAUCACCUGCUCCCCGUCGCAAAGGAUGUUGUCCGGAGGUGGCAGUCAGAAGCCGCGGAGGCAGCUGCAGGAAGCAAGUCUGGAAGUGGCUUUUUGGGUGGAUUCGGAGGUAGCUCGCACACGGCGUUGCAGGCGAGCAGCAAUUAUAUGACACAGUACCACGCCAUUGGAUUGCUGUACCAAAUGAGAUCCGGAGACCGAAUGAGCUUGGUCAAGAUGGUGCAGCAGUACUCGAAGCCGGGAGAGGUUAAGAGCCCUGCCGCUACUAUUCUGCUAGUGAGGCUGGCUGCAAAGCUUGCUGAGGAAGACCCCAAUCUGCGCAAGCCUAUGAUGCAAUUGUUGGACGGAUGGUUGCGCCACAAGGCCGAAAUGGUGAACUUCGAAGCGGCCAAAGCCAUCUGCGACAUGCGCGAUGUCACUGAUGCCGAGCUGGUUCAGGCCGUACAUGUUUUGCAGCUUUUCCUCACUUCUCCUCGCGCCGUCACCAAAUUCGCUGCCCUGAGGAUUCUGUCCAAGAUGGCUUCGUUCAAGCCAGAUGCCGUCCGAACUUGCAACCAAGACAUUGAAUCCCUCAUCACCAAUACCAACCGUAGCAUUGCCACAUUCGCUAUUACCACCCUCCUGAAGACAGGAAACGAGUCUUCCGUGGACAGAUUGAUGAAGCAGAUCACCGGGUUCAUGGCCGAAAUCACUGAUGAGUUCAAGGUCACUAUCGUAGAGGCUGUGCGAACCCUCGCUCUCAAAUUCAAGGCGAAACAGUCUGGCUUCCUUGCUUUCCUCAGCGGCAUCCUCCGCGACGAGGGAGGUUACGAAUUUAAGCGAUCAGUCGUCGAAGCCAUUAUGGAUCUUAUUCGCUUUGUGCCAGAGGCAAAAGAAGACGCUCUCGCUACUCUCUGCGAGUUCAUUGAAGAUUGCGAGUUCACCAAGCUGGCGGUCAGGAUCUUGUUUGUGCUCGGUCGCGAAGGACCUUCCACCCCGCAUCCCACCAAAUACAUCAGAUACAUCUACAACCGUGUAGUAUUGGAAAACGCCAUUGUGCGUGCCGCCGCCACUUCUGCUCUGGCUAAAUUUGGCGUCGGCCAGAAGGACCCCGAAAUCAAGAAAUCCGUCCACGUCCUUUUGACCCGUUGUCUCGAUGAUGUCGAUGACGAAGUCCGAGACCGUGCUGCCUUGAAUCUGCGUUUGAUGGAUACAGAGGACGAUGUUGCUAUCAGCUUUGUGCGCAACGAUUCGAUGUAUUCUUUACCCGUUCUCGAGCACCAGCUGGCUUUGUAUGUAAGCUCCGACUCUCGCGAUACCUUCGAAUCCGCAUUCGACAUCUCCAAGAUCCCUAGCGUGUCCAGGGAACAGGCCGAUGCGGCAGACCUUACGAAGAAGACCGAAGGUACCACCCCUACAAUCAAGGCUCCCAGUGCCGCAAAGGCGCCCUCAAAGACUGGUGCCGAUGCGGCUGCUUCAGCGUCGGCGGCCGCACAAAAAUACGCGGAGGAACUGCAGAAGAUACCCGAGUUGGCGGCGCAUGGCGGCGUACUCAAAUCCAGCGCCCCUGUGGAGCUUACCGAGCCCGAAACCGAAUACGUCGUCACCGCUAUCAAGCAUAUCUUCAAAGAUCACAUUGUCCUCCAGUACGACGUCAAGAAUACUCUUCCGGACACUGUUCUUCUGGACGUGGAAAUGGUCGUCAGCCCAGAAGAGGACGAGGAUGUGCAGCUCGAGGAAGAGUUCAUCAUUCCCGCCCCGCGACUAAACACUAAUGAGCCCGGUACCAUCUACGUUUCAUUCAAGCGCCUGGAGACCGAGUCGCAAUUCAUUGCUGCGUCAUUCACAAACGUGCUCAAAUUCACAAGCAAGGAAAUCGACCCAAGCACCAACGAACCCGAAGAAGGCGAAGGUUACCCCGACGAAUACCAAGUAGAGGACCUUGAUCUUAAUGGCGCGGACUAUGUCGUCCCCGCAUACGCAGGCAGCUUCGAAAACGUGUGGGAACAAUCAAACGGCGAGUCCGCGACAGAGACGUUGCAAUUGAGCAACAUGAAGAGCAUAGCAGAUGCCACCGAACAGCUGAUCAAGACCCUCUCCCUCCAACCCCUCGACGGCACAGACGUCCCGCUCAACAGCUCGACUCACACACUCAAACUGUACGGCAAGACCAUAACCGGUGGUAAAGUUGCCGGUAUGGUGCGGAUGGCUUUCAGCGCAAAGACUGGCGUUACUAUGAAGAUUGAGGCAAGGAGUGAGGAAGAGGGCGUGGCGGCGCUGGUUGUGGGUAGUGUAGCAUAA